AUGACCGACCUGCUGGAUAUCAUAGAGUGGUCCUGUGUGGAAUGCCUCAACCAGAAUCCGUCACGGAACAUUGGUAAUGCCUUGAAGCAGGGAUACAGGGAAGACGACGGACUAUACCUGGAGUCAGACACAGAUGAGCAGCUGCUCUUGCAUAUACCGUUCAAUCAAGCGGUGAAGCUGCACUCUUGGGCCAUCAAGAGCGUGGGGAGCAAGGGGCACGCGCCGCGGAAAGUACGGCUCUUCAUCAACCGUCCUUCCUUGGGAUUCUCAGAGGCUGCAGACUUCCCAGCGGUGCAGGAAUUUCAGCUCUCUGAAGAAGACUUGGAGGGCAAGCUUUUGCCACUCAAGCUGGUGAAGUUCCAGAGCGUCAACAUUUUGAGCAUCUUCAUCGAGGACAACCAGGAAGAGGAAGAGACAACGCAGGUGCAGAAGAUUGUCCUGUAUGGCAGCACGGGAGAGACCAUGAAUGUGAAUGAGAUCAAGAAGGUCGGGGAGGAGAACACCUAG